AAACCAACUUCCACCGCUGCUGGUCCCAGAAGACAAGAUGCUCUAUUUUUUCUUUGAUGGAGAGAAAGGAGCUGUCUCUCUCUACCUCUCUCUCUCUCUGUCUGUCUGUCUCUCUGUCUCUCUGUCUCUCUCGUCCUUUAAAGCCGCAACAGCUGGUCUCAGGCGUCAGAGAGAGCUGCAGCUCCGAUAAGGAGAAAAACGUAACGAGAAAGGAAGGCAGAGAGAGGGAAGCGAUCCGAUGCUCUGUUUCUGGUCUUCCAGCAGUAAAAAGCAAUAUUUCACACGGAGCUGCGUUGCCAUCUGAGAAGUAAAAACCCCACGAAGGUUUCGAGACGUUUUUUUUUUUUUUUGGACUCGGCUGCUUUCUUUGUGAAACCUUAUAAUCUGAUUUUUUUUUUUUUACGCCACUCUGCAAACAGUCACAACUCGCCGCUCGCGUUCUGCUUUUGUUCAUUUUGGUUUUGAGAGACAUAAAACCUCACUGGUUGGCACACGUUUCGGAUUUUCAGCUGGUUUUUCCCUUGCCCGUUUGUGACUCUGACUCUGCCGGAGCGGAUCGGACAGGAGGAGAGGAGCUGUCCGGUGCUGAAACAUGCACGGAGUUAAAUACCAAAAACCUACAACAUAAAGCAAACAAACAGGAGAAAACGGACAUUUAUAUUUUCCAUUUACGACCUACUGGAGUUCCACUGGUCUUCCAGAGCUAAGUUUUAACUAUAAAACACUUUUUUUGUUGUUGUUGCUGAAAACAAAGAAGCACAGGAGAAACACUAAAAAUAAUGCCUCUACUUUUGAAUUCGACGCUGUAGGAAGCCAGGAGAUUAAAUUAUACGCGAAAAAUCAACUGAUUCCCAUCACUGGGUGCAGAGUUAAGAGGAUUAGGAAAGAGAAGAAAAGCGUGUGUUAAUCGUAUGAGCGCAGGAGCAGCGACUGUCCCACCAUGCCUCGGUCUUUCUUAGUGAAGAAAGUCAAACUGGACGACUUCUCUGCUGCUGCACUGGAGACCUCCUACAGCCGGAGAGAGGAGCUCAGUCUGCGGUUCCACAAUCAUGACAAAGGUUACGUCAGUGAUUAUCUAAGCCCGAAUCCCUAUGAAGAUGUGGUGGGAAGUGAUUCCUCAGUCAUCUCUAAAGUGCCCUCUCCGAGCCACUCAUCAAUCAUCUACGGCCACAUAAACAACACCUAUUCAGGUAUCCACAGCGACAUCCAUGGGGACUCAGACCAGCCGGACAGUCCGAGGUCUGAGGUCUCGUCCUCAGCCGGCGGGUACAUUAACGGAGACGCCGCCGUGAGCGAAGGAUACUCAGUAGACGCAUUUUUCAUCAUGGAUGGACGGUCACGAAGAAAAGCAGCGGCAAACCCACGAGGGGCGACCCAGAGGCACACAUGCAGUGAGUGCGGCAAAACCUACGCCACAUCCUCCAACUUGAGCCGACACAAGCAGACGCACAGAAGCAUCGACAGCAAGAUGGCCAAGAAGUGCCCGACAUGUGGGAAAGUGUACGUCUCCAUGCCUGCCAUGGCAAUGCACCUGCUCACCCACGACCUCAAGCACAAGUGCGACGUGUGCGGGAAAGCGUUCAGCCGACCGUGGCUGCUGCAGGGUCACAUGCGCUCGCACACCGGAGAGAAGCCCUUCGGUUGCGCGCACUGUGGGAAAGCCUUUGCUGACCGAUCGAACCUGCGUGCCCACAUGCAGACUCACUCAGCCUUCAAGCAUUACAAGUGCAAGCGGUGCGACAAGACGUUUGCGCUCAAGAGUUACCUGAACAAGCACUACGAGUCUGCGUGCUUUAAGGGGGCUUUUUCCCCUCUGAGCUCAUUGAGUGAAUAAGAGACUCUGAAAGCACAUCUAGGGUUUAUUUACUUAACUUACAUCCAAUUUCGUCUGCUUUACUCCAAAAGAUUAACCAGAGUGCAACAAAGGAGAAGUUUUUUUUUCUGGUUUCGGAAACCUCUCAGUUAUUUUUAUUUGAAGGUUUAUUAAAAAGUUUGAGAGAACCUGAUAGGAUUUAUUCCCCAGUGAGGUAAACUAAAGCACAGCACAUCUAGAACAUUAUACUCUGAGAUCUAUUUGUGUCCAUAUCAAUCCACGUCAGAUGUUUUUCUACCAACGAGGAAACGACACAAAAGCACAAUUUCUCCUCCACGUCUCUGUCUUUUCUCAGAGUUUAUGUGAUCAAGCACAGAAUCCACCGUCUUAGCAAAUCUUUUUCAGCUUUUUUAGACACAAAGAUUCAUAAUCUAAGGAUAAUUAUUGUGUCCUGUUUUCAGUGAAACUGAAGCUUACAAGAAAAUGCAAAGGAAUCAGAAGAAUAAUCAGUGUUGUGCUUUUUAUGGUAAAAUUACGAACAAAAAUGAAACUCAUGCAUUAUGUAGAUUAAUUACACAUGGAGUGAUAUAUAUAAAAUAUUUUGAUGACUGUAGUAUGAAGGGAAUGAAAACCCAAAAUUCACUUUCUCAUAUAAUUAACAAAGAGUGAUUUUUCACGGUGAAGUGUAGGUUUUGGCCCAAAAAAUCCUGGUAGACUUUAUAAUUACACUUCAGAAGCUGAUUGUUCACAUAAUGAUGCCAGCAUCCAAAACUGAGUGGAAGGAAAACAUUUAGCAGAAAAUUGUGCACAAGUAACACAGUAUGGAUUUAAUUUGAGAUAAAUCAGGUUCAUCAUAAUGAGCAGAAAUAGGAAUUUUAAAUUCGCUAUAUUCAGACAGAUCAUUGAAUUCAGGUGUUCCAGUAACUUCCAUGGCCAGAGGUGUGUGAAAUCAAACUGUACAAACAAAUUAGUGUAUAUUGUUCUCUGCGUAAUAAAUCUAUACAUUUUAUGAGUUUCACUUUUUAAAUUGAAUUGCUAGGAACAACUUUAAGUCCAUUAAUUGAGUCAGAGUAUCUAUUAUAUUCUCUUACACUACAAUAUGCUUUCAUCCAUGGUGAAUCAUUGAACCACAAUGAAUUGUGAAAACAAGUAAGACCCACUUUUCCUAAAAAUGCAUUGAAAAUAUAGAAGUGACAGAAAAAAACGUUAAGUUCUUUUUAAUAUUUAAUACCAAUUGGCUUCUGAAUAAUAGUAAAAUGAUCCUCUAGUUAAAUAUUAGCACAAAACACAAAGUAAGCCAUCAGGCGGCUCCAAAAUGAUGUUCUCUUAAUGCUUAAAUCUAAUGUUUAUAUGUUUUUUUCACUAUUUAUUUGUCAUUGAUCAAAAAGAAUAAGGACAUAAAAAUGUCCGUCAUUCCUUUAAUAAGGUUAAACCUUUUCCAGUGUUAUGAAAUACAUUUUUCUGCAUUUUAUUUAUUUAUUUACUUAUUUAUUUAUCUUGUAUUAUUUUGCACUUUAUUGCAGCAUUUUGCCUUUUGUUACAAAUAUGCCAAAGCAUUUGACACUUUGUAAACGUUGAGUAUCUUUUUUAUUUUUGCCACUUUAAGUAUCCAAAACCUUUGCAUGCAAAAAAAAAGGAAAAAAAGCUGUCUAAAUAACAGAAACUAUGCCAAUUUUAUGAGUAUUUUUUUUUUAUAUAUAUAUUUUGCCAAACUGCUUAGAUAAGAGGCAAAUGAAGCAGCUUUUCUGACGUGGGCAAUAUUCCGUUCACAUCCGACUGAGCAAUAAUGCAUGAUAUGUUCAAGAAGCGCUGGUCAUAGCUGCUUGUAAUUUUUUUAAACGUUCAACUACGUUUAUUCUACAUAGUUGCAAGAAAUUAAAUUUCAGGGAGUUAGCGAACGGAAGCGUUGAAUAAUAGAUGGGUUAGGAUAAGAGCUCUAAAUUUACAGGAACUGCGUUUCUGUUGUGACUCCAGGGAAAUUUUUCUGGACUUUUUCCUAAUUGGGGAUUCUUUAAAUAUUUACAAUAAGACGAAAAUUAUUUAAUCUCUACUACAAAGCCUGCUUGUCAAAAUUAGAUGAUGGGAUCAUUAGCUUUUUGAUUACAUUAGUGUUACUACAAGCUAUUAGAUGCUGCUGGGAUUCACAGAAAUGAAUCAGCUCCUUUAUUUGGAGAGCUCUGGGUUGGGUUGGGUCGGGUCUUUUUGUACGUGGGUUUUUGCACUGCCUGACUUGUAUUAAUAUUCUAAAAUAUUGUAGAAAGUAGAACGUAGAUCUCUGGUGCUGAAACAUGGAUGAACGUGAACUUCUGUCGCACUGUAUUAGGUUACAACCACAACUUUUUGGUGUGUUUUAUUGGGAUUUUAUGCAAAGUUAUGAAGCAGAAGGAACGCAAUACAUGCUUUGUAGAAAAACCUUUUGCUAGAAAAAACCCCAAAACAAUUAAAAAGUUGCUUUUUGGCGUAUCUGUACCACAUUUACACAUCUAAAUACUGAAAUAGCGUCUAAUUCUUCUUUGCAAAGUAGCUGAAACUUCAUCUGACCAAACUGAAUGUAAAUGAGCAGCAACUUUCAAGUUUUGCCACAGAUUCUUGAUUUUUGGGGUUCAACUUUGAUUUGGGUAAUUCUAACAUGGCUAUAAGCCGUGAUCUAAACUUGUGUGUUUAGGGUUGUUGUUCUGCUGGAAGUAAACAUAUUACAAAGUAUUUUUUGGUCUAGUUUCUAGUUAUCUUAUCACACUUGGAAAAAAUACAAAAGUUACUUAUGAGUAAUUUUUCAGCAAGAAAUAAGAGCUUUUUUAAAGUCAGUAUUAAGUAUCUGUUGCAAUUGCAGGUUAUUUCACUUACAACAAGGGGAAAAUAUAUUGUCAUAAGUGAAAUAAUCCACCAAUUUAACUGGAGUUUUUGCAUCAAUAUUAAGGAAUUAUUGACUUAAAACAAGCUCCCAUAUCUUACUGAAAAGUUACUUUGUAAGCUAGUUUGUCUCAUUUCAGGUGUACUAAGAUAUUUGAACUAGAAACUAGACAAAAUACGUGGUCAAUUUUUUUUGUUUUUGCAGUCUUAGUAAUUUGCAGUUUCUAACAAGUUUACUUAAAGAACGGCACUGACUUUAGUUCCAACUGUCUUCCAACUAUAACCUGCUUGCUUUAAAUGCUUAAGAACUGCUCUGUUUAAUGUAUGAUCUGUUUUCUGUCACACAGAAUAGUUGGGAAGUAGGCUAAGAAAAGCACAACUUAGUGUCAAAUGAACAGGUUAUAUUGUUUUUUUUACAUCUGAUGGCGCCCUGUGCUGCUCCUGGUAAACCAUCAGGAGUUCUUGAGGUUUUCUGUCGUAAAAUAAAGGUAGAUAAAGUUUACGACUAAAACAUAUCCUGUCCACAUCUUCUCUCACCUGAGCUGUGAAUCUGUGAAGUUCUUCCAGAUUCACCCUGGGCCUCUUGGCUGCUUCUCUGACUAAGAGUCUCCUCCAGUCCGUUAGCUUUAGAGCUGGACCAUGUCUGGGUAGGUUUAUGGAUGUACCGGCCUCUUUCCAUUUUUGCAUGAAUGAAACUUCUCCAUCACUUCCUCCCUGGCCUGUCUGUUGUGCUACUGUUGUUUGUUCACCAACGUUAUCAAGCAAAGCCUCUGAGGUCUUCACAGAAGAACUGUAUUUAUACUAAGGCUGGUAAUGUUAACACAUGAGGUUAAUAUUAAAAUUGUAAAGCACAUAUGUUACAAAACUUAGAUUAAUCAACAAUAUUUUGACCUAAAAGCCAUAAUUUUCUGGGUUUCUCCAGUAGAGCAUUAUGUAGUUCAGCAGCACAUUGUGGUCCUGACACAUAGGGUGAGAUAAACGACAACGAAAGAUGAAAGUUUAACAAAAGUUGAACAUCUUUCAAGUUUCUUGUGUUGCGUCACCAGCCCACACGUGCACCUCUUCACACACAAACUACAAAUUUCACAUGUACAAAUUACGCCGGUGGUUUACCUGGAGGAGGACAAGCGACCGUCGCCUCAACGCACAAGUUCCAUUGGAUAUUUAACGUUUAAAACAAAAUGACUUCCUGUAAACCCUCCUGAAUAUAAAAACUUGAAAAACUGAGAAUCUUCAGACAUGUUUGGUUUGGGACAAUAAAAGAUUUUUUGAGAAUGUGCAUACAGGGUUAGGUUCAGAUCUUUCCUGUCAGUUUUCCCCUGAACAAGCUUCCUACUCCUGGUAUACGUGUGCAGUGGCGUACGUUUCUCUUAGUUGCUGUUAAGUACUGGGAGACAUUACCAGCUUUCUGCAGCUAAAAAAACCAAUCAGAUAAUUUCUUACGUUUUAACAGGUUAGACUGCGGCCAGACAGGCUUGUACAAAUUUGUGCGUGUUUAUAUUUCAAGAUUACAAAGUUAGGCAUAGUGAUUAAUCUUUAAUCACAGAGUGCGAUUAAUCUGGUACUUUUUUUAAUCAAUUAGCAGAUGUAAUUUAUACUGAGAUUAAAUUACAAAUAGGUGGAUUCUGUUUGCUAAUUAAGUGGCUUCCCACUCAGUUGAACUAGAUUUUAUUUAGUGGUAUCGGAUUUAAGACGAGAAAAUACAAAUCCCUAAACUAAUUAGAACAUUUUUAUUUAAUAAAAACAAAAAAAAACAAUGCAUGUAUCUUUCUUUCCACUUCAAUUAUCUUCCAGUUAAGCCCAAUUUAAUGUUUGUUUACCACAUAAAAUUCCCAUAAAAUGUAUUAGAGUUUGUGACUGUAACAUUACAGUGUUAAGAGUUCAACAAGGAGCAGCUUUGCAGACGGUUUGUGCAGAUUGAGGGUCUCUGAGUCUUUGAACAGAUUUGAGACUUUGAGACAGAUUGGACUUUUUUCAGGUCUAAACGUUAAAGUGUGUGACUGUAGACAGAAAUAUGUCUUUGCUAGUGUCUUUCUGUUUGAAUGUAACAACAGAAAGAGCAAACAUGGUCAAUAUUUCAGCACCAGAGAGCAUCUCUGAACACUUAGACUCUACUAUGAAUUACUGUAGCCUACUAUAGCCAAAAGGUAGUUAAACUAUUCUUAUAUAAAAGCACUUCCUCUUACAAAUUAUAUCUCACAACUCUUUUUGAGUCAGAAACAGUAGCACAGUGAAAGAGUUUAGAAUCAGGUAGAAAAUGCCUUGUAUGUAGAAAUAACAACCUCCUUUUCCCUUUUCUAGUGUGAUGAAGAAAAUGUAAAAAAAAUAAUAAAAAUACAAAACAAAAUAAUGCUGGCAACACACAGGCUGUACUGUCCUUUAAUAACAUGAGAAAAAUAUUCAACAAAAAAGAAAAGUGACACCUCCAGUUUGCAGAAUGCUGUGCCAUUUUUGGAAAUAUUUCUGAAAGCAUCAGCACAACACCUUUUUUAAGAGCAAACAAGAAUGCCUCUAUUUUGCAGCUAACGGCCUUGUACAAACGAACUGAUGUGACUUUGGAGUCGGACUAUUUCUACAGAUCUGUACAGUUAGGAUGACGACGAAGACGACAAUGAUUAUUUUUACUGAAGCUUCCUGUUAUAAGCUCUUCCUCUGAGGUUUGUUUGGACCUCCAGUUGGAUUGGCGACGAUGUAAAGCACAAUGAAAACACUCAAAAUUGGUUUCACUUCCUAAAUAAAAACUACUUUAAAGAA